CCACCGAACAACAGUUGCACGCGAGCACUGCUGCGAUACGGUAUCGUGUCCUGGAACAGCCUCUCCUACGGGUUCGGGAUUGAAGUGUGAAGUGUAUUAGACAUUGCCAAAAAAAGACGGUUCUGCUCUGUUUCACGGUUGGGUGAUUGUUCUCAAAGAACCUAUUAGCCGGUGUUAUUGUUGUUACUGCCUCACGUUGAUAACCGUAAUGACGAAAUUUGAAUAUUGUGUCUUGCCGGGGCUAUGAUGAUUCGGAAAUCGCGAUCUACCAACCGAAAGUGCGCGCAAAAUUGCUCUUGUGACGUGUUGAUUACGCUCUUGUUCUAAGUGGGCAUGAUCUACUCUUCAAGGAAGACAGUUAUCAUAUACAUCAUCAUCUUCAUCAACUCAUGUCAGAUUAUUCUACCCUAAUCGAAUUAUAGAAGUAGGUAGUUGGAUGUGCAAAAUUGCAGCUGAGGAUACUGAUUCUGAUUACGACUGGACUUGGGAAGGGUGUGUUUCGCGCCAAGAGCAACCGCGCUGCGAACAGCCAAGUUAUCCAAUUAUAUUUGUCCAGUCCUGGGAUAGUGCGCUGCUAACCUGAUCAUAAAGUUAAUAGAGUGCAUAUAAAAAUAAACUAAGAACGUCUCGGCGAGAAAGAGCAACGUCGUGUGGAAGUGACGGGGAGGAGUGUUGUUUCAACCCCAUCAAAAGAGUAGUGCGACCGGGAGCGAACCAAGGGAACGCCAUAAAGUGUGAUUAGCCUCAAGGUCUCGUUUCUGAGACAAAAUCUAUCAUCAUCAAACAGGACCACGCUGCUGUGCAAACGGUAAUUGGGAAGGAUAAAAGUUAUAUUGAAUUUCAUCUUGUGCGAUAGUGCGCGAUACUGCGAACGGGGUGGUGGCAAAAGGAUUGAACUGCUGUGGUGGAAUUUUGAGCUCUUUGAAGAAAGAUUAUUCGAAUGAAUUGACAAUAUCCAACGCUUCAGCGCGAGCCCGCUUCAUCCUCUCCUAUCCCGCUCGAUCCGGCACCCAGGCUCGAAGAUGAACAACAGCGCGAAGAUGCACAUACGGGAGAAUUUUACGAUGGAUGGGGACGCCGGGACGUACAGCGAAAACCGGGGUUACUUCAUCACUCGGAUGACACUACUGACGACGGUGGCCAUAUUCAGUUGCCUGCUGGUGGGCACAGGACUGCUCAUAUAUCACUUCGGCGGUUGUCAGGAACUACCGGUGCACGCCAGCAUAUGCGAUCAUCGUUUCCACUUUAUGUCCAAUCUUUCCCGGACACAUCUCGAGCACGAUACAACCACUGCGCUUUUGGACCAUGACAUGAGUACGGCGCCGGCGACGACACCAACGAGCACGUCUUCCAGCAGAGCCUCAUCAACCACUGUAACGGCAUCGACGGAAGUCAGCACUCACCAGAAAGGCCCAUCGGAAGCCCAUCCGCCCCAGGAGGACGACGUUCGGUUGCCAAGAUCGAUUGAACCGAUUGCGUACAACAUUAGACUGAUACCGUUCAUAGUGGAAGACAAUUUCACAUUCGCCGGCACGGUCGACAUCGAGGUGCGGGUAAAGGAAGACUGUGAUAACAUAACACUGCACGCGGUGGCCCUGCACAUACACGAGGCACACGUCCGGCGGCAUGAGCCCGGCGCUAACCGCGAUGACGACGACGGUGGUGGCAGAAGCACGCGGCAUUUGAACGAUGCAACAGGCAGCGGCAAUAAUGAUAACCGACAGGAGCACAGCGAAGUGGACAAUGCCUAUGAUGAUACAACCGGUGACCACGAUGAUGCAGGGCAUAUCCAAAUAGACAGACAGCUUGUCGUCGAGAGUAAACAAUUUUAUGUGCUUAUGUUUAAACGGAAAUUGCUCGCUGGCGAGCGAUAUGUGGUGAGGAUUAAGUACGAUGGGAUACUGAACGACUACUUGCAAGGAUUCUAUCGCAGUUCGUAUACUGCGCGCGGGAAUGAAACAAGAUGGCUGGCUACAACGCAGUUCCAACCGACGGACGCUCGUCGAGCUUUUCCCUGUUUCGAUGAGCCGGCACUGAAGGCACGUUUCACUAUCAGCCUAGCCCGUCCCAAGCAAAUGAUAUCGCUGUCCAACAUGCCAAGGAUGAAGACUUAUAGUGCACCGGAACCCGGCCUCGAAGACUACGUCUGGGAUGUCUACGAACAGUCGGUGCCAAUGUCCACGUACCUGGUGGCAUUUGUGGUGUGCGACUUUAUCCAUCUAAGCUCCGGAAACUUUGCUGUGUGGACCCGGUCGGAUGCUAUCUCGUCGGCCCGUUAUGCGUUGGAUGUGGGACCGAAGAUUCUCAAAUACUUGGAACAGUUUUUCGACAUCAAAUAUCCGCUCCCGAAGAUGGACAUGAUUGCGUUGCCGGAUUUUAGCGCCGGAGCGAUGGAGAACUGGGGCUUGAUAACCUAUCGGGAGACGGCAAUGUUGUACGAGGAAAAUGUUUCCGCGAACAGUAAUAAGCAGAGGGUGGUCACGGUUGUGGCACACGAGCUGGCACAUCAGUGGUUCGGAAAUUUAGUGACACCAUCCUGGUGGACGGAUCUAUGGCUCAACGAGGGUUUCGCGAGCUAUAUGGAAUAUCUUGGGGUAGACGCUGUAGAACCUGCUUGGAAAUCCAUGGAGCAGUUCGUAGUCAACGAGUUGCACAACGUGUUUUCUUUGGAUGCAUUAUCGUCGUCGCAUCAGAUUUCCGUCAAAGUGCACAAUCCGGAAGAGAUCAACGAAAUAUUCGACAAGAUAUCCUACGGCAAGGGAGCAGCGAUCAUCCGCAUGAUGGAUCAUUUUCUCACAAGUGAAGUGUUUAGGAAGGGCCUGACCAACUAUUUGAAUGAGAAGAAAUAUCAGAGCGCUGAUCAGGAUGAUCUUUGGACUUUCUUGACUGCUGAGGCCAGAGUCCAGAACGUGUUCGAUGAUGCAACUUCGGUAAAAGAGAUUAUGGAUACGUGGACGCUGCAGACUGGAUUCCCAGUUGUAACCGUAAAGCGAGAUUACGAUAGCAAAAGUAUCGAGUUCACCCAGGAGCGGUUCAUCUUCAAAGACCCCAGCAAUGAUACGCAUUCGAAGAAAGGUGAGGAGCAUCCCCUGUGGUGGAUCCCAAUCACCUUUACCACAUUGGGAGAAAGUGACUUCAACAGUACAAAGCCGAACGUUUGGAUGAAAGCGGAAGAUAAGCUGGUGCUGCAGGACAUGGACAUACCCAAUCACGAUUGGAUGGUUGUCAACAUUCAGCAAACUGGCUAUUUUCGUGUCAAUUACGACCACCGAAACUGGGGCAUGAUAGUUGAUCAUCUGAUGGAUAAACGGAAACACACCGAAAUUGCUCCUUCUAAUCGCGCGCAGCUGAUUGACGAUGCACUGAAUUUAGCUCGAGGGGGUUAUCUGAACUACAGUACUGCACUGAACAUCACUCGCUACCUAGUACAUGAAACGGAGUAUGUCCCAUGGAAAGCGGCUAUUGGAUCGUUGAACUUUAUCGAUUCUAUGUUCAUCAAAACUAGUCACUACGAUGUGUUCAAGAAAUACUCAUUGCAUUUGCUGAAACCAAUCUACGCCAAAGUAGGAUUUGAAGACCCCAAGGACAGCCCUCUGUUGACCAUUUACAAACGAGUUGAUGUGCUCACCGCAGCUUGCCACCUUGGGUACAGGGACUGCAUCAGCAAAUGUGUCCAAAAGUUCUAUGAAUGGAUGCACGAACCCCAUCCAGAUAUCAACAAUCCAGUUUCCCCCAAUUUGAAGAACAUUGUCUACUGUACGGCCAUCAAGUACGGCGAUCAAGCCGAGUGGGAUUUCGCCUGGGAACGAUUCCAGAAGACAACCAUUCCCAGCGAGAAGGAAACGCUUCUGUCCGCUCUGGGGUGCUCCAGAGAAACGUGGAUCCUUUCGCGUUUUCUGGAGUAUUCGAUGACGGACGCGUUUGGCAUUCGCAAGCAGGAUGUUUUCCGAGUGUUCAUAGCUGUGUCGAACAACGUCAUCGGUCAACCAAUUGCGUUCAGCUACAUUCGGAACAAUUGGCAAAAGAUGAAAGACUACUUGGGAACCUCCAUGUCUAAUCUAAAUAUGAUCCUAAAAUACUCAACCAAACGCUUGAAUACGCAAUAUGAACUUGAUGAGUUGAAAGAGUUUGCUCAGACUCACGUGAAGGAUACGGGCCGAACGAUUCAGCAAGCAAUUGAACGUGCUCAGGCGAACAUCGUGUGGCUGGAAACGAAUGUCGAUGCCAUCGUCCAAUGGCUCAGCAGUAUCGUGUACGAUCCAAACGACGAUAUGUAAGUGUUGAGAGGGACGUCAAAGGCAAAUGAUAUCCCCGGAUGUAAGUUUUGUUGUUCAUGUCGACCGAGGUAAAAGAUUUCACUACAGUGUGCCAAAGUAAGAAAUAUUUAGUCGCUGUGCUUUUUAUACAGAAAAUGCUGUGCACAUUAAGAGAAUGUUUCAUCACGUUUACUAUUAUCCAAAAUCAUGUUGUGGAACGAAGACUUAUACUAGUUAUAAUGUCGAAGUGGAAGAAACACCACAGGACAACAACAAAUCAUUUUUUCUAGAAUAAACUGCUAGAGAUAGAUUUAAUAAUUUUUUAUUAGAUGAUUAGUUAUUUAGGCGAUUGAAACAGAUUUAUCUCUUUUAAUCUUUUAAGAACAAAGAGUCAUUUUAAGUUUUAUUUGGCUUGAAUAGUCGGAGAU